UAGAGGGUGAGCGUUUCAAAGUCAGGGGGACCUUUAAGUUGAGAGCAAAUCCUUUUCUCGAAAGACAAACACUGUUGAUAUUUCUGUUGUGGAUUUUUUUUUUACAUUUAUAUAAAAAAAAGUAAAGCUAUCGAAAAACGGAUUAUAAAAACUUGAAGAUUUGCACUUGCCUAGAAAGAAAAUCCUAAAAAAAAAGAGAGAGAAGGGGGUGAGUCAUAAAAGUUGAUGUUUGUGUGAAUGACUAAAGUGUGAUUGGUUGAUUCUUGUCAGUUAAUAUACCAGUGUGCACAGUUUUUUUUUUUUUUUUUUUUAAAAAGUUGCUUACCAAGAUGCGUGAGACAAAAGUGGCCAUUCUUGAUUUGUUCUGUUGUUCGGUUUAAUUUGUACUAUCACGUUCGUGUGCGCGUGCGUUUUAGUUCGAGAGAGGGCAAUUGCACAACACAUCCUUUCUCUUAGCAGCUUUUUAUCCCCCACCUGAGUGAUGACCUCCCUCGGUUGUGUUUGAAUGAAUGGGGGGAGGGGAGGGGAGGGGGGGUGGAUUGAGACGUCGAUUGCGGGCUUGUGUGUGAUUGUUUAUUUGCUGUUGAAAGAAAUGAGUCCACACGACAGGUACUCAUUUUGAAAAGUGUGCUUUUUUGUGUGUGUGUGUGUGUUUGUAUGAAUGCACAUUUGUGCCUAAGAACUUGGAUCGGGUGCGUGGCCAUUGAGACAUUAACUCUUUUUCGGAGUGAGUGUGACGUGUGUCAGUGCUCAGCACAGUGGAUGUCUAGUGUGUGUGUUUUUUUUUUUUUUUUUAAAUAUGUAUCAUGUUUUGUAGUUUGGUCUUGGGGUGAUCAGUCGGACGGACAGUGGGGUGCGAUCAAGUUGCCUUUUUGUCAGCUCUCGAACUUGUGAAUGAAACGUGUCGAGGUCUUGACUCUUGAGGAAAAAAAAAAAAAGAUUACAUCAUCCUAACGGUGCAUGUAAUUUAGCAUUGUUACCUGUUCGUUGUUGCAAUUUUGAGAAUGACGAGUUUUCUUUCUUUAUGAGAAAUAUAUACGAAUAUAUACAUUAUAUACAAAGUUGAAAAAAGUAUUUGGACUAAGAUAAUGAGCACUUGGGGCUGCUAUUUGUUUUUGUUUUUCUUCUUACGUUGUGAUACAGUUUUUGUUUAAUUCUCGCCAUGUGAAGUGUAUUUCUUAAGAAAAUAUUGAAUGUAUUCCAAAAAAUGACAACAAACCCGUGCUGAUAUAUAUUUUUCCCCCCCUCAGAAGAUUUCAAAAGUGGAAACAAUACAAGAAAGCUUCAGAGGUUGUUUUUUGUUUGUUUGUUUUUAAAUGUUUAUUUUAGUACACAGUGGAGGGAAAAAAAACUGUUAAUAGAUACAGUUGAACACACUGCCUCUACAAUCCUGAUCGUACAAAUGGUGACUAAGAAUUAAAAGGACGAUUUCUAUUCCAUACUGGAGCUUUGGUUUACAAACCACAUGGAUAUCAGUGGGUGCACCCCCCCCCAUGUCUUUCUCUUUUUGAUUCCCAUGUAAAAUGGGCGGGGUUUGCAAGUGCGCUUCUGCCAUUAUGGACAUUGAGUGCUGUUCUUGAGGAAUAAUGGACAAUAUCGCUGCCUAAACUGGAGCUUUUUGGGGGGGGGGGCUGCGGCGCAGAGUGCGAGGGAAAAACCGAAGGAUCGGCCUCCAUUGUUUCCCCACGUAUACAUAUAUUUGUUUUGUGGAAUGAAGCGCAGGGCGAUACCAAUCGGAGACGGAAGUCAAGAGGCAAAAGGCGUCCCGGGCUCGGUCCUCGCCAGCACUCACCCUGCCCGAACCAACUCACCUAUGCACUUUUGUUCAUUUCAAGCUGUGAGGUACCUUUUUUUUUGGGGGGGGGGGAGGAGGGGGGGAGACGGGAGCACAACGGGAGGAUGGUGGCAUCACUGAAAAGAAAUUCCCAAACUGAACUGAAAGACUGGAGCCUCCUGUACAUACUAUUUUUCUAUCACCUUUCAGAGUAGAUUCUAACUGGCUGAUGAAGGAAAUCUCAUGACACGCCAUCUAUGUCGGAGUUAAUUUUUUUUUUUUUUUUUUUGAGAACAAAGACAUUUUGGGACUUUUUUUUUGUUUGUUUGUUUUUAAACCUUGGAGUCAGCCAAGCGGAAAGAAGGUUGCAGCUCCCAAAGUCGGAACAUUUUGGCGGUGGACUUGGCCUCCGUGCUCUUUCUUGUCAACCAGAUGAAGCCGACCCGGGAGAACUCGAAACCUUGGCGCGGCUUUCCCGGACGGACCAAACGAGACGUGAGGACGGCGGCGUCCCGUCUGUGAGCCGCGACCGUCGUCAACCCACCCCGGACAGGCUGCUCCGGAUGAACCCGCUACCAGCAGGACCUGUUUGGAUGGCAAGGACAAAAAGAAAAAGCCGCUUUGGCUUCCAUUAGGUAAAAAGCCACCAUGAAGCCCUCGCAGCUGCGGAUUUGGGUGGACUGAAGACUUGUAUUAAGAAAAAACGAGAAAAAAAAAAAAGACUUGACAUGUCAACACUUGCCCGGUGUCACAAAUUUUACAGUCCAAAAGGGGUGGAAGAGUUAAAAGUAGGGCUUUGUAAAUCAUGUAUAUUUGUAUGCUGUUAUUGGGUUUUUUUUUGAGGGGGGGGGGUUAAUUCCCCUCCUUCCUUCAUGACUUUUGCUUUAAUCCCCCAGUUCAACAUGCCUUAAAAAAAAAAAAAAAAAAAAAAACAACUAAAAAACAAACUGUACAGUCACGUUCCGAAUGGCUUUCACUGACAAUGUUCCAGAAUUUGAGUUGGACAAAUUGCACAGCAACGCUUUUUGUGCCAGGCUUUCUGGUUAUCAGCAGAGCAGCAAGCUUUUCUUGUCUCAUAUAUGUAUAUACUUUUUUUUUUUUUUUUUUGGGCUGGUGGUUGGCUUUUUGGGGGGAGGGGGUGGGGGUGUUCACAGUUUUUGGUUUUCUUUCAGUGAAGAUUAGUGUUUAGAUGCGGGUUUGGUGUGGACUGAAAAAAGGGUUGAAGUCUGUAUUGUUUGGAGCUGAGCUGAUAGAGCGCGAGAUGAAUCAUAAUUGUUGCCAUGUGACCAAAUAGCAAUGAGCAACGUGCAAAUGUUUCAGCCAAAUUGAAUCAGAUCAUCCUCAAAUUCAAUUUUUUUUUUCUAGUUUUGGGGGAUUAUAAUUUAAGUGUGUAUUUCUUUUUAUCACUCUUACAUGCGUGGUUUUUGUAUUUGAUCCAUUACAUAGAGCAAAGUGUGUUUUGGUGACCCAAUUUGACCCCCAGGUGACACCAAAUGGGCAGCAAAUCCAGAAUAAUCGCGCUUCAAAGAUUUAUUUAUUUUUUUUUUUAUCCAUUUCCAGUGAUUUUUCAGAGCUAGUUUGAAAACAGCAUUGUAGAUUGGUUGUCGGGGGUAACUUCUACUACAUGGGAUACUUGUCGGCAAAAAGGCCCGUGGACGCUGUGAUGUCCUCGCCCGCCAGCAUAUUUAGCAAGCCACACUGCAUGAAGAAAGCCGAACGGAGCCACGCGGUGUCGACAGCCCACCGCCGGGCAUGAGCAAAGGCGCGGCUGACCCGAGUACGGGGCCUGAAAGUCCGGUGAUGGAGGGGCAGGACCCCAAGUCGCCCGCAACCCUCGCUACUGUCAAAAGUCCCUGGUUGGGUGAGGAGGAUCAGGGGUCGGGCGGGGACCUCCAACCUCCUGACCUGCACGAAGAUGACCCAGCACAAGCGGACGUGGAGCAGGGAGAACAAAGAACAAGAGACCCCCCAGGUGCCGAAGACACGGGUGAUGGAGCAGAGAUGGCUGAGCGCGCUGAGGAGGAUCCUCAGUGCCAGCGGAGCGCUGAUGGCGGCCACGAUGGAGAGAUGCAAACAGAAGAGAACCCCCACGACUCUGCAGACAGUCCGGAUGAAGGACAGCACCUGGCCUUAGACUUUUCCCAGCGCCCCCAGGUCCUGACUAGUUCCUGGAGCGAAUAUGCCAGUUUCACGGAAAAUUACCUCAAAGGUUGCAAAUGGGCCCCGGACGGCUCGUGUAUCCUGAGCAACAGCGCGGACAACGUGCUCCGCGUCUACAACCUCCCUCCAGAGAUUUACACGUACAACUGGGACGCGCUAGCCGAGAUGAGUCCGGUCCUCAGGAUGGCUGAAGGAGACACAGUCUACGACUACUGCUGGUACCCCAAAAUGAACUCGCUGGAACCCCACUUGUGCUUUUUUGCGAGCAGUAGCCGCGACAACCCGAUCCACGUGUGGGACGCUUUCCACGGCGAGGUGCGGGCCAGCUUCCGGCCUUACAACCACCUGGACGAACUGACGGCCGCCCACUCGCUCUGCUUCUCCCCCGACGGCUCGCAGCUCUACUGCGGCUUCGACAAAACCGUCAGGGUCUUCUACACGGAGCGGCCCGGCAGGGACUGCGAGGAGCGGCCCACCGCAGCGAAGAAGCAGAGCGGCCAGAGCGGCAUCAUCUCCUGCUUGGACUUCAGCCCGUGCCAGUCCCUCUACGCCUGCGGCUCGUACUCUCGCUGCGCCGGCCUCUACUCGUGCCAGGAUGGCACCCUGCUUGGGCUGCUGCCCGCCCGCCACCGCGGCGGCCUCACCCACCUGCUCUUCUCGCCCGACGGCUACCACCUGUACACAGGUGGCCGGAAGGAUCCAGAGAUCCUGUGCUGGGACAUUCGAGAGCCCGGUCAGGUCGUGUUCUCCCUUGCGAGGAACGUGGCGACCAAUCAGCGCAUCUACUUUGACCUCGACCCGUCGGGCAGGUACUUGCUGAGUGGCGGCACGGAGGGGGCGGUGACGGUGUGGGACUGCCAAGCCCCCGCAGGCGCCGACGAGGUACUGCGGCCGCAGCUCAGUUUCCAGGCCCACUGGGACUGCGCCAACGGAGUCAGCGUCCAUCCCUUCAUGCCGCUCGUGGCCACGUCCAGCGGCCAGCGGCAGUUCCCAUGGCCCAGCGACGGCGAGGGCGACUCUUCGUCCUCCGACGCCGAGGCCGAGGGAGCCGACGAGGCCGCGACCUCUUCCGUGGCCAACCGCGGCGACAACGGGCUGAGCCUGUGGUGGGCCGGACCGUGCGGACCCCCCGCCGACGAGCAGGGUGACGCGGUUUCAAACAUGCAGAGUUGAACCGGACACUUCACAAGGGUACGCUCGCGUGGCAAAACCGCCGACUGGUUCCUUUUCUCCAGCAAGGAUGCAAAAGGUGGACAGAUGGCCCAGAAGUGUUAAAUUAAAAAAAACAAAAACAAAAAAAAAACACGUUUUCUUUUGUAUGUCGUGCUAGCAUCCGAUUAUUCCUUUUUAUUUUUUUUAAAAAUGACUUGGACCUUCUUUUUAUUAACUUUAGCAUCUCCACACGUAACCCGACUGAAAUAAAAG